AUGUCCGGUGUCAGCAAGGCCUGUUGCUCCAUCCCCCCCAUCGUCGCCAAGGGCUACCAGGCCAAGGGCGAAUAUCAGACCAUCAAUGGCUUGAAGACCUACGUGACCGGUCCCGCCUCCGCGACCAAGGCCAUCCUCGUCAUCUACGACAUCUUCGGAUUCUUCCCCCAGACCCUUCAGGGCGCCGACAUCCUAGCCACCUCCAGCGAGCAGAAAUACCGCGUGUUCAUCCCCGACUUCUUCCAGGGCGAGCCCGCGGACAUCACCUGGUUCCCCCCUCAGACGGACGAGCACAAGCAGAAGCUGGGCAACUUCUUCCAGACCAAGGCGGCGCCCCCCAACAACCUGCCCAAGAUCCCCGGCAUCGUGUCGGAGGCCAACAAGCUGGCCGCGGGCGCCAACUUCCAGUCGUGGUCCAUCCUGGGCUUCUGCUGGGGCGGCAAGAUCGCGACGCUGUCGUCGGGCAGUGACAACACGCUGUUCAAGGCGGCGGUGCAGUGCCACCCGGCGAUGCUGGACCCCAACGACGCCAAGAGCGUCAACGUCCCGAUGGCGGUGCUGGCGUCCAAGGACGAGACCCCCAAGGACGUCGAGGCGUUCGGAGCCAACCUGACCAAGGACAACUACGUCGAGACCUUCUCGACCCAGAUCCACGGCUGGAUGGCCGCCCGGUCGAACCUCGAGGACGAGGAGGUGCGCAAGGAGUACGAGCGGGGCUACCGGACCGCGCUGGACUUCCUGCAGAAGCACGCUUAG